UUGAAGGAAGUCGUCACCUUGAAAUUUUGAAAUGGAAAUUAAUCCGGAAGAUUUUAUUAUUGUCCGCUAUAUAUCAAAAUAAAUGUUUUAGUAACCAUGUAUGCGUGAAAUCGUCUUAAGGUCAUAUCACGUGACAAAGAGACUAGGAAGUUGUAGAUUUCAUCAUUAUACGAUACACAUUAAACAACAUCAUAGGAAAAAUGUCAACUACAAAUGGGAAUUUAGAUCUCGCAGAUAAACAGGGUGGGAAGAAGUUUGGUAUGUUAAAGAAACAACAAGAGGAGGAACUAUCUGACAUUAAUAAGGAAUAUGAAACAGACGAUUGCUAUUCAGAAAUUGAAGACCUGCCACAACAGCUGGUGGCUUAUAAAGCACAAUUUAUGGAGUUUGAUCUAGAUAAUUCUGGUGACAUAGAUGAAAUGGAAUUGAAACAAAUGUUAGAAAAACUGGGAACGCCUAAAACUCACAAGGAAGUGAAGAAAAUGAUCCAAGAGGUAGACACGAAUAAUUCCGGGACAAUUCAUUACAGGGAGUUCUUAAAUAUGAUGUUAGGGAAAAAAUCUACAGUACUGAAAAUAAUUUUAAUGUUCGAACAAAGGAGUAAGGAAAAGGCAAAGCCUCAAGGUCUUCCCGCUAAACGAGAUAUCAGCAGCUUGCCUUGAUGACGUCUUGAUGAAACGAGAUAUUAGCAGCUUGCCUUCGGAGGACGUCUUGAUGAAACGAGAGUAGCAAAUUUUUUUUAGAAAUGUUCAGCAACUUUAUUUCACUUUUAAGACCAGCAAUGCAAACAUAAUUGUCGUUUAUCAUCUAUGCAAAACUCGAACAGUCAUUUUCUUGUUUAUAAAUCAACCUUGUUCUCAUUUUUCAUACAAUUUUGUGAUAUUUCAUGACAUUUCAGUUAUACUUUGUUAUAUAAAUGAAUUAUUAUAUA